AGUUGACACCUCUCAUGACAAGUCGUGAUGGAUCGCAUGGCGGCGCAGAUGGAGCGCGACCUGCGCUCCAAGUACAGCCACCUCAUGGUGCAGUGGUACGAGGCUGUGGACUGGACGGAGCCGCUCAUCGUGGGGCUGCUCUCCUUCCACGUGGCGCUGCUGGCAGCGCUCUGGCUCACGCGCAAGAGGCUCUACACGCAGUUCGCGCUCUUCAUCCUCAUCAUUCUACUGGUGUUGAAUACUGAGAGGCUUAACGCAUGGGGAAGGGAGAACUGGCGCCUCUUCGCCACGCAGAGAUACUUCGACCCGCAGGGGGUCUUCAUGGGCAUCUUCUACGCGGGACCGCUGCUGGCUACGGGUUUCUUCCAACUGCUGCUCAGCAUGAAGAACAUGGUGGAUAUGGUGGUGAUCGUCAAAAGGGCAGAGUACCGACAGCAACUCAAGGCUAAGAAGGAUAAGUAGAGCCGUGCCUUGGCCAGUCGUGUUCAAUUAGAUAUAGGUAGAUGACAAAAACCUUCGAGCAUGGAUGAUAACUACAGAAAACAGAAAAACUGGAGAAUAGAUGGAUCGGAAAACUGGACGCUAUC